AUGAAUACAAACACUUUAGAAACCGACCAUCUUCUACAAGAAGGAGAAGAUGGACUAGAAAAGUCAUACAAUUUUCGUGAUCAUAUGGAAAAAUUUCUUAAAGCCCGUCAAACGCAUUGGAUAGUUCUUUGUCUGGUCUUGGCGGAUUUUCUCUGCGUCAUGACAACAGUUGUGAUUACAGUUCUCUGGCCUGAUAUAAACGAAGAGGAGCAUUUCUUAAUUGAGGUCUUAUCAUUAAUUGCCUUUAUUAUCAAUUGCCUUUUUAUAAUUGAAAUUGGCAUGCAUAUUUUUAUAUUUGGGUUAGGAUAUUUCUUUAAAGGAAGUAAUUGGUUCAUACAUCUAUUUGAUGCUAUUAUUGUUAUUGCAACAUUUUUCUUAGAGAUAUUAUUAAAAGGAAAACAGAGAGAAGUAGCAGGAUUAUUGAUCAUUUUUAGGUUAUGGAGGUUGAUUAAGAUAUUAAGUGCCGUUGCAGUUGGUAUAGAAGAAUAUGUUGAUGAACAAGCAGAAAAUUUAAAAAGAAAAGCAGAAAGUUUAGAAAAAGAGUUAAAUAGAGUUUUAAAUGAGGUUAGUAAAAUUGCUCUUGAGGAUAUGUGGAGUGAGAAUAGGAGAGCAAGAGUUUUUCGUAAAUUUGCAGUUGAUGGAAGUAGAGAUGUUCCUAUUGAUGUUAUACAUGAGUAA